AUGGCUUAUGCUCCACUACCUUCUCUUGAUGAUUUAAAUGUUCGAGAGUGGAAUCAAUUAACUUCAACAAAUGAAAAAAUUAUAGAGUUCUGCCAACAAGUUGGCCUGAUACAUGUGCUUCCUACUCAGCCAUAUCCUAAGAAUCAUACCAAUUGGCAUUUAGGUGCUUGUGCCACCGCAGCCGACAAAUGGAAGUGGCGUUGUCGGACAUGUGACGUAACAAUCGUCGAUUGGAAGAAUUUCAUGCGCGAUUUAUGUGUUGAAUAUUUCAUUCAACAUCCAACAAUUAUUGGUGAUAUUGGUCAUAUUGUUGAGAUCGAUGAAAGCGCAUGGACUAAACGAAAAUAUCAUCGAGGUCGUCAGAUAGAUAAUCAGUGGGUUUUUGGAGGGAUUGAUCGGGUUACUCGUGAAUGUUUUGCUGUACUUGUAGAUCGACGUGAUGCAGCAACAUUAAUUCCAAUCAUCUACGAAUUCUUUAUGCCUGUUACAAAAAUUUACAGUAAUCAAUGGGCAGCUUAUAAUGCACUCAGUCACCCUAAUAAUGCUUCUCAUCGUUAUGGUCAUCAAACAGUCAAUCAUUCUGUUAAUUUUGUUAACCCAACAACAUUAGUACAUACACAGAACAUUGAAAAUAUGUGGAUGGUCGCCAAAAUUAAGAAGAAAAAUCAAAUGAGACAACAUCGUACUUUACUGGGUAGUCACUUAUUAAAAUUCAUGUGGCGUCGUCGAUUUGGUAACCGUCCAUUCGAGAACUUAAUUCGUUUAAUUCAAGAACAAUAUCCACUCGUAUAA